UUAAUUCGAGGUUACUCAUCACCUUACAUGAUAAUUACUCAAACAAACACAAAAAAAUGGCUCAUUAAGUUGACAGGACUCUCGACGCGAUUGCAGCGCACCGAAUGGUAAUUCUAUGCCGGACUCUCAUCGUCAGAAUUACAGGGUCGUAACCGUCCAAAUUUUGACCCGGUUUGCUUACCUGAGAAGUCUCUGUACUUCAUUCUGUCUCUUCUAAAGCGUAUAAUCAGAUCUAUAGAAGUAUAAACUUAACAUCUCCUUUACUUUUUAAAUGCAAAGAAGGAAAUUAUCGAGAUUGUAAACGAGUUCUAGGCAUUUCUUUGGAGGAUGGACACAGGAUCGAUUCGGGUUCCUUACAGGAACCUCAAGAAGGAAGUGGAGGUGGAAAUGAUUGGUGUAGAAGAGCAGCAUAACCAUCGUAUUCAUUUGGACUCUCCUUCCUCUUCUUCUUCUUUGAAUUCUACUUCUCAGAUGCCUAAUGGCCACUCCAGUUUCUCGUCUCCGAUCGAGGUCAGAUCUAAACAUUAUAGCUUGAUUACUCUCAUUCUCAGCUGUACGGUAGCCGCUGGCGUUCAAUUCGGUUGGGCCUUGCAGCUCUCUCUCCUAACUCCUUAUAUACAGGUUCAACCCUGUGUUGGAAUUUGGAGUGACAAAUGCUCUUCAAAAUUUGGAAGAAGACGGCCAUUUAUUCUUGCUGGAUCUCUCAUGAUCUCAGUUGCUGUGAUAAUAAUCGGAUUUUCUGCAGACAUUGGAUCUAUAUUGGGUGAUACAAAGGAGCAUUGCAGAACAUUUAAGGGAACUCGAACCAGGGCGGCUUUUGUUUUUAUUCUUGGCUUCUGGUUGCUAGAUCUUGCUAAUAAUACAGUGCAGGGACCUGCUCGUGCCCUACUGGCUGAUUUAUCAGGUCCUGAUCAACGCAAUUCAGCAAAUGCUGUAUUUUGCUCAUGGAUGGCUGUCGGAAACAUUUUAGGAUUUUCUGCUGGUGCUAGUGGGAGUUGGAACAGGUGGUUUCCUUUCUUGAUGAGUAAAGCCUGUUGUGAAGCUUGUGGAAAUCUGAAAGCAGCAUUUCUUGUUGCAGUAGUCUUCUUGACUUUGUGCACUCUUGUGACUCUAUAUUUUGCCGAGGAGGUUCCACUUAUUAAAAAUCAGGGGCAUCAUUUAUCAGAUUCAGCUCCAUUGUUAGAUGAUAACAGUCUUGAACUUCCAAAAUCUAAGUUGGACAUGCCAGUUUCCAGUAAUUCUAACUGGGAAAACAUAAAAAACGAUAGGGAAAACAUCAGCAACGGCCUUGAACCAAAUAUGAAUUCAAAGCAUACCAUUGCCAACUCUAAUGAGGAUCAAAAUGAAAGUUUUGGUGAUGGGCCUGGAGCAGUAUUAGUUAACUUGUUGACUAGUUUACGGCAUUUACCCCCUGGAAUGCAUUCUGUGCUUGUCGUAAUGGCUCUUACUUGGUUGUCCUGGUUUCCUUUCUUUCUGUUUGAUACGGAUUGGAUGGGUAGAGAAGUUUAUCAUGGGGAUCCAAAAGGGGAUUCUGAUAAAGUGAAGUUGUAUGAUCAAGGUGUCAGAGAUGGUGCAUUUGGUUUGCUAUUGAAUUCAGUUGUUCUUGGCAUUAGUUCCUUCUUAAUUGAACCAAUGUGUCAGAGGAUAGGGCCAAGACUUGUAUGGGCAAUGAGCAAUUUUAUUGUAUUUGCCUCCAUGGCAGUAACUGCUAUCAUUAGUUUGAUAUCGGUUGGUCAAUAUUCUGGAGGGAUUGAGCAUGUAAUUGGGGGCAGUGCAUCAAUCAGGAUAGCUGCGUUGAUUGUAUUUGCUCUUCUUGGCUUUCCUCUUGCUGUUACAUAUAGUGUUCCAUUUUCUGUCACCGCAGAGUUGACUGCUAAUUCAGGCGGAGGCCAAGGAUUGGCUAUAGGAGUUCUGAAUCUUGCUAUAGUUAUUCCGCAGAUGAUUAUAUCUCUCGGUGCGGGUCCAUGGGAUGCUCUGUUUGGUGGUGGCAAUAUACCUGCCUUUGUCCUUGCUUCUGUGUGCGCCCUUGCUGCUGGUGUCAUUGCUACUCUCAAGCUGCCAAAUCUUUCAAAUAGUUCAUUCAAGUCAUCUGGUUUUCAUAUUGGCUAACAACUGAAACACUAAUUAAUUGACAUUUGAACCUACAUAAGAUCCUCAAGGACAAGAAUUUGCUUGAUCAUCUAAUUCCGGUGAGGCGGUUCUUCCAAUCAUACGUACGUAUAAUUUUCACAUUAGGAAUUUGAAAUACUUAUUCCAAUUCAUUCAUUUUUUCCCUACAUUGUAGGUGUGUAUUUUAUUAGUGUAAAUUGUCAUUUGAGUUGAAAAUCCUAUAGACGCAUACAAAUAAAUAUAA